AUGCUGCUGGAUGCCGGACCCCAGUUCCCUGCCAUCGGAGUGGGCACUUUCGCUCGGCACCAUCACUCGGCCGCCGCCGAGAUCCGGGUGUUUGGGGACUCGUCUUCGGCUGGCGGCCAGCACGGGAUCUUUGGCCCUGCGGCCGGGACCCUCCAUCACCCGCACACGGACGCUCAGAGCCACAUCCUCUUCCCGGGCAUCCACGACCAGCACGGCCCCCACGCCUCCCAAAAUGUCCUGAACGGGCAGAUGCGCCUGGGUUUGCCCGGGGAGGUCUUCGCCCGAUCGGAUCAAUACCGCCAGGUCUCUAGCCCCAGGACUGAUCCCUACUCGGCGGCUCAGCUGCACAACCAGUAUGGCCCCAUGAAUAUGAAUAUGGGCAUGAACAUGGCAGCUCACCACCAUCACCACCCAGGUGCCUUUUUUCGAUACAUGAGACAACAGUGCAUCAAGCAAGAGCUGAUCUGCAAGUGGAUAGACCCCGAGCAGCUGAGCAACCCCAAAAAGAGUUGCAAUAAAACUUUUAGCACCAUGCACGAGCUGGUCACCCACGUCUCGGUGGAACAUGUUGGGGGACCCGAGCAGAGCAACCAUAUCUGUUAUUGGGAGGAGUGUCCCCGCGAAGGCAAACCUUUCAAAGCCAAAUACAAACUGGUCAAUCAUAUCCGAGUGCACACCGGAGAGAAGCCCUUCCCCUGCCCCUUUCCGGGCUGUGGGAAAGUUUUCGCCAGAUCAGAAAACCUAAAAAUCCACAAAAGGACACACACAGGAGAAAAGCCCUUCCAGUGUGAAUUUGAAGGCUGUGACAGACGUUUUGCCAACAGCAGCGAUAGAAAGAAGCACAUGCACGUCCACACUUCAGAUAAGCCCUAUCUGUGUAAAAUGUGCGACAAAUCCUACACCCACCCCAGCUCUCUGCGGAAGCACAUGAAGGUCCAUGAAUCUUCCCCUCAGGGCUCCGAAUCGUCCCCGGCUGCCAGCUCGGGCUAUGAGUCCUCCACCCCUUCCAGCCUGAUACCAUCCAGUUUAAGUGGUUUCAUCAUUUCUUGUGAGAUGUUUUGA